GGCCGGCGUCAGAAAUGGCCGAGAUAAAUACCUAGUGGGUAGUGGGAUAGGGGUUUCUGGUACCUGCUCAGCAAGAGGAGCAUCGAAUCAAAUUGAAGAGUCAGUCACUUGAUGAAAGGGUCAAAAUGAAAAUGGCGGCGGCGACAAGCACCUGAUACAAAAACGACUGGUAAAUUAAAAUGGGUUCGUACUUUUCCCGCCCCCAGGCCACUGGUUUGUCCCUAAGACACGGCCGCCGCCGUCAGUGCGGUUCGGUUCGCUCACCGAGCUCCUCCUCCGAGAUGACCUCGCCGAGUGCGGCGCGCACCAGCGGCGGACCGCCCAGGAACAGCGUUCCAAUCCGGUCCACCAUCACCGCCUCGUCAGACAUGGUCGGCGCGUACGCACCUGCGCACGGGCAGAGAGAAGCUGCCGCAGACGACGGCCACCUGAGGCACGCCGGCCGCCGACAACACCGCCUGGUUGUGGAAGCUGCGCCCGCCGUGCUGCUUGUCAGGGAACAGCUCGGCCUGCAGCGGCAGGAAGCCGCCGCCGCUGUCCACCAGACAGAUGGACGGCAGACGGUGCAGAGCAGAGAUCUGACGCAGAAACACACGCCGACUAAACAAACUCCAUUAAACAUGAGCAAGAGACAGAAGCUGGAUGACUCCACUGCAGCGGAGGUGCCAGCUGCCAACAGCUCUGAGUCUGACAGUUCAGAGGAGGAAGAUGAUGUGGAGGCUGCCAAGCCAGAGGAGAUCUGGGGAUACAGCACCAAACUUCCUCAGCGCACAGCACCACCUGACAUCAAGCACAAGUGUGAUGUGCUGAACCUCAAGUUCCACCCUCAGGCAGACAGACUGGUGAUCUCCACAGUUGAUGGGAAAAUAGCCAUCCACAGCUACAGCGCUGAGCGGAGUGACCUGGCGCUGACGCUGCCCAAGUGCCGGUCGACGUGUCGCGCGCUCGAGUUCUCCGGCGACGGCGGCCAGCUGUUCUCCGGCUGGGCGGACGGAUCGCUGCGCAUUCACAGCAUGGAGACGGGCGCGCUGAAGCGGCGCCUGCCGGCCGCCCACCCGUCCGGCGUCUACAGCGUGCUGCCGCUCACCGAGCGGAUCGUGGCCUCGGGCGACGAUGACGGCACCGUCAAACUGUGGGACUACCGGGCGCGAAAGGAGGUGAUGAGCGUCAAACAGUGCGAGGACUACAUCAGCGACCUGAUUGCCGACGACGACCAGCGGUACCUGGUGGCGUCGUCGGGCGAGGGCACCAUCACCUCCUUCAGCCUGCGCAGCCGCACCGUCCACACCCAGUGCGACAUGUACGAGGCGCCGCUGACCUGUAUGACGUUCAUCAAGGAGCAGAAGAAGCUGGCCGUGGGCAUGGCCUCCGACCAGGGCAGGGUGCCCAUCUUCAAAUGGGGACACUUUGGCGAACACGUGAAUGUGUUCAAGGGCCACCCGUCGUCGAUCAACGCUAUGGUGGCGGCCACCGACUCGCUGGUCAUCAUGGGGUACGACGACGGAGAGAUCAGGGCGUGCAACAUCCUGCCGUACAAGUAUUUCGGCGUGGUCGGCCAGCACCGCAAACUGCCCGUGGAGGCGCUGACGCUGUCACGCGACGGCCGCCUGCUGGCCUCGUGCUCGCACGACCACCUGGUACGCUUCUGGGACGUGGCCUACCUGUACGAGCGGCGCUUCGAGACGCGCGGCAUGGAGUGGCAGCAGCGCGCCAAAAAGGGCGACGCCCAGAAACUGCUGCCCUCGUCCAAGGUGAAGCCGGCGGCCGACUUUUUCAGCGACUUGCCGAAGGACGACCAGGGAGGCACCUUCUUCUGGGACUGAAUGGGGAUAUAGGGGGGGGGGGGGGGUAGGUAAAUAAUGUCGGUGCUAUGUGAUCCAUCAAUUGACGCGUCUGAAUAUAUUUGUUGUGUUUGUA